UUCGUUUUUUUUUGUAGAGACAGACCUUGAUGCAACUUACUUGAGUGUUUUCUUUUAAUGCGCUCACAUCUGGGUAUUUGAAACUGAUGAAAUGCAGCACACAUCAACAGAAUCCCUAAUUUUUUAAGCAAGUAAACAAGCAUUUGAUCCAAAAUAUGUUGCUCUAAGAGUCAGUGAACUCUAGUUUUGGCAGAACUGUAUGAUCAUGCAACUAGGAAUGCUGUGCUGAAUAUGCUGAACUUUGAGUCCCCAGAAGAGCCUACCAGGAACGGGUUUGCUCAAAGGCGUGAUGGCAGACUGUGAGCCCUGAUGUCACAGCAGGAUGAGACAUUUGAGAGAGGGUUGUUUGAGCUGGAUUGACAACCCAGAAUGAACUUCAGAAGUUCUGGCAUGUCAGGGUGGAGAGAGGCAUUCUCAGGAGUGUAGUGGUAUUUUGGUGUCACCUGAGGUCUCUCGUUUUCUCAGCAGGUUGUCAGUGUUUGUAUAAAUACACAGCAAACUGGGCUGCUAAGUCUGAUUCUGCUGCUUCUGUGACAGGUGGCUUUUAAAAAAAGCCAGACAUUUUUAGUGAAGGAGCCAUAAGACAGAGAAGCCUGGAAAGACUAAAGCUGCAAGAACAGGAGCACGUUUGAAAAAGAGGGAAAAAAAAGAGAAGGGGUUGAAAAGUGAGAGUAUAUUUUUAGAGAAUGUCCCAUUUUCUUGAGAGUUGCUACACUUUGUCAUAUCAAGUAAAAUACAGGAAGAGUGGCUGUGUAAAAAUCCAGGCUUGGAGGAAACAGGAGUUGAAGAAAUUGAAACAAUACUAUGUAGCUGUUACUUUAUAUAUUGGAAAGAAAACCAGUUUGAUAAUUCUGCAUGUAAGGCAUCCCAUGCAGGGGUCUGGAUUAUGAGAAAGGUUGGAUUGGAGAUAUGCCAAGGUCCCUUUCAGAUUGGAUUAUUCUGUGAUUCUGUGGGCCUACAGUGAAAUCAAAGAGCUGUUGCUCUCAAAUUUGUUCUGAGGAUUGUUUCCUUAAGGUUCUGCAUGUGGGCUUUUUGUAUUGUCCUUAUGCCCUGAAAUAAAAUUAAUGUGAUGUACAUUUCUCAGUACCUUCCAGUUGACUGGACAGUCCAAAGCUAUGAAAUGAAUACUUUUCUGUCUUUAUCCAUUUCAAUGGUGAUAUCUUUAGUGCAGUGUUCUUAAAUUUGCAUAUGAGUAAUAGUAGUAUAUUGAAGUUUUAAUUCUUUAGAUAAUGUGUUUGGGUGGCAUCCUAAACUGUCAUUAGUAAUCAAUCAUGUUAUGCACCUUCUUGAAAAAACAGACACUUAGCAUGCAGAGCAUAAUGAAUCUAAUGCUAGGUCUCUAAAAGCACUGCUAUGCUUGCAUUGCUAAUUCUUCCUUAUUCAAAUACUUCUUUAAAAACUGGUUUUAAACACUCAUUGGUGUGAACACUGAUCCUUGAAUUUUCUGAAGGUUUUUGUGAUGUGUCAUGUUGAUUAUAUGGUAGAGUACUUCCAAAGUUUCCAAAAAGUGGUCAUAGCCUGUUGAGGUUUAACCCCAGCUGAUAAUUAAGUCCUACAACAGCUGCUCACUCCCUCCUCCUCUCCCCAGUGGAAUGGGAGGAGAAUCACAAAGGUAAAAGUGAGAAAACUGAGGGUUGAGAUCAAGACAGUUUCAUAGGUAAAGCAAAGGCCACGUACACAAGGGAAGCAAACAAGGAAUUCAUUCCCCGCUUCCCCAGGGCAGGCAGGUGUUCUGCAUCCCCAGGACAGCAGGGCUUCACCCCACAUAAGUGACUUGGGAAGAGAAAAACCAUCCUUCCAAAUGCCCCCCCUUCCUCCUCCUCCUCUAGCUUUAUUGCUGAGCAUGAGGCCAUAUGGUCUGGGAUAUCCUUUGGGUCAGUUGGGAUCAGCUGUCCUGGCUGUGUCCCCUCCCAUUUCCUUGUUCAUCCCCAGCUCCUCACUGGUGGGGUGGGUGUGGAGCAGAAAAAGGCUUGCCUCUGGGUAAGCCUUGCUCACUGAUAACCCCUGAAUUACUCUUGUAAUACCUCUUAAAUGGAACCCUCAUGCUAAUCUGUAGUGGAGAUUUGUUAAUUUAAGAAUUAGAUCCAAAUGAUUAGUCUCUAGUUGUGUCCUUGGGGACAAACAAUCAUGUGAUGCUGUUGUCUUGGCGGUGCUUCUAAAGAAAACCCAAGAGUACAGACAGUUUGAAGAGACCACUUUCUAACUGUGGGGAUCAGUUGGGUGUGUGUAACUUACGGUUUUUUAAAAGAUGUUAUUUAAGCAAACAACAUCCCCUGUUAGCCAAAUGUGAUUCUUGAUGACUGCUUAUUAUUAGUGCUUCAAAGACUUACAUCCAAUUCCCCAGGACGCACAAUGUAAAACAAGUGUCAUCUAAAUUGUCCCAUAUUGAUAAUUACCUAGAAAAAGACGUGGUGAUGAAAAGAAGUUCAAGAGAGAAAAAGGAAAGCUAAGCGCGAGAGGAGAGAAGAGAGGCAGAUAGAUGGAGAUGAGGAACAUCCCCCAAAGCAGCAGAAGGUACCGGCUGAAGAACAGCAGUGGCCAGAGAAUAUGCCUGAAUGGGAAGAAAGGAAAUCCCUGCUAGCUCAGAGAAGAGUGGAGUCUGUCAGACUGCUUACAGUGCUGUUAAAUCGUGUGAAAUUGGCAAAUCAAAAAGCGGAUCCUUCACUGGAUGUAAAGAAGUUAAAUUCAUUUUCUGAAACAGCAUUUAAAGACAUACAGCAGGAGCUGAUUAACUCCCUUUAUCGUACGCACAAAGAGCUGAAACCUGAGGCGUUUAAGUGCCCGUUAACCCAAAAAGGUAGUGGUUUAUGCUGUGAGGAAGGAGAUGUGAGUAACUUCCAUGCACCUGCUUGUCCCUUAGUCAGGACAAUUUUAAAUGAUCCCUCUCCAGCCCCGAGCUCUGGACUGCCUGGCAGAGAUGUGGGCACCUCCUCCACCGAAGGCUGCGGGCCUUUGCUGAUCACGGUUACCCAGGACGGCAGGGUCAUCCAACCUCUCCCUGGAAGGCACCGCCCGCCACUGGAUAUAGUUCACACACAGACCUUGUCUGAGGAAGAUGAUUGCAGAAAGCAAAAGGUUUAUGAGACUGAUGAAUUCAUCCAUUAUUUAUUAAACUACUACCAGACACCACACUAUGCACGCGUUUGCGUAGAGCCAAAAACCACUGCGAACAAGUCCCGGUGGAAGCGAGUGGUCUCUGAUGAUGGUAGUGGGUUUAGCACCAGCUUGAGUAACAAACAUGGUCAGCACUUCAGAGAAUUGAGUCCUGUACAAAACCUCCACAAGAGAAAUCGUAGUAGUGAUAGUAAUUUUAGGCUGGUGAUCACUCUUGGGGAACUUGAGUCAACAGACAAAGUGGUGGAAAGCAAGGUCCAUGGGGGCAAGCUUGCAAAAAAGCUGCAGGUGCAGAGGAAUUACUCACUUGCUGUUGAUAACUUACCAUGUGCUGGACUGAAUCAUUCUUUGGAGUGCACAACUGUUACUCAUAAUGAGGAAUUAAAAGAAGAAGAUGGUAGAGAUGAAGGCACGGUACCAUAUGGAACAUGUAGAUCUGCUUGCAGAUUAAAGGAUUUGUUGGAAGAGAUCAGUGAUUCUGAGUACCUUAGAGAGGCAUGUGGCGGCUCAGUGAAGAGAGCAGAAAGAAGGUAUGAAGAAAUUUACAGCAGUUGUAAUAAAGGGUGCUUGUCUGCAAGAGCCGGGGAAAGAAAAUUACUGAUUUACCAUAAAAAUGUAGCUCUGGAAGGUCAAGAGAAGGAAAUCAGCCAAUGUAACUCCUGUUCUAAUUCUGUCCAUGAGGGCUUGGCAAGGCAGUGUGAACAUAAACUUAAAAAGUCAUGCAAGAGGUCUAGUAGUAAAUUAAGAUAUGAAGGAACGAAAAGUGAGAGACAAUCCAGGGAAAAGGAGAAAAAUGCUCAUAAAAUGAAGAAAAAGCGAAAAAAGCUGUCUUCUAAUCUUUUAUCUGAUGAAUGUGGCUUUUCAGAGACGGACAGUUGCAUGCAGCUGGAGUCGCUCAGAAAGAUACAGAGAAAAUGUAAGAAAAUGUUGCACAAAAAAGUGAAAUUCAAGACACAUCACAUCUCUAUGGCAGCACCAGAUGUUACCCCUCACGAUGGCUCACCCCUUCAAGAGACCCUCCAGAGGAGAGGUGAGAGAGGGACAGCACAGCUAAGGGGAUUGAAUUUGACAGGUCUGUGGCAGGAGAUGAGAGGAAAUUAAUGUUGAGAAGAGAGAUGGAUACAGAUGUCAGAGGAUGCCCUCUAUUUCCUCUUGAAAUAAUUCAGACAAACCCCUUCUCAGAUACUUUCUGUGGAGGAGAGCCCAGAAGAGGAUGCUGAACAGCUUCUGUAUUAUAGCUCUGAAGUUUUUAUAAAGAAGUGGGAGAAGAAAGCCCUUUGAUCAUUAAAAGGUAUAUGAACUACUGGGUUGGUUUUUGAUUUUUCUUUUUUUUUUGCUUAUGUAAUUCCUUUGGUUAGAAUAUCUAACUGGUGUAGUGAGGCACAGAAGCAGAAUCUGUGUUUGCCUUUUGGAUAACAGGACCAAAACUUUCCCCAGAUCCAGAAUAAACUUUCAUGGACUACUGGCUAAAGAACUUGAAAGGGCACAGAUUGAGAUCUUGGAACAUUACACUUUGAUUGAAUGUAGAGAAUCAUGUAAAUUACAGUAUUUACUGAGAACUGGAAAAAAACCUAAUUGUCAGUCCUAGAGCAAGCAUAUGAGGUGCCUCCUCUAUCAGAUUGUUAUAUUGAUGGGACUGGAAGGUGUGGGGGACAUUUAUACUCAAUUUUGAUAAGUAAUAGAUUUCCAAAUGUGAAAAAAGUCCCAUCUUCUGUAAAAUCCACACUAGAAGAAUCCUUGUUUUCGAUUCACAAUUCUAGAGGUGUUUCUGAAAACUUGCUGGCUUUUGGGAGGAUUUCACUGAGCUUAUGCUCAGUGUAGUGCUUCCAGGAAUCUGAAUGGCUGUCUAAGCAAAGCUCUGAGUGUUAGAUAAUGAAAGGGCAGUGCAUCUCAGGCCUAUUGACCCAUGUAAAUGCAGGUUGACAGUUCACAAGAUUGUGAAGGCACAUAUAGUGAGGUAGCUGUUUAGUAUGAGUUUGCCUACAAAUGCUUUCCAGAGGAAUUGUGAAAUGUUGUCAGAGUUGUGCUGCAUGUAGAUAAAAAUGGGAAAAUGCAGUCUAAGAGCUUGAAUUAUAUCCAUAUUUAUUCAUCUGGCUGUAUCUAGAAGACAGCCACAAUUGCUUUUGGACGAAGUCCCUUAGCAAGGUACAGAGUUUGAAGUUCAAUACACUGAUUAUUACAGCUUUCGUUUUAUUAUGGUUUAUUUAUUACAUGUCAGUAGACGAAGUUAAUGUGAAAAUGUUGCCGUCAUUAGAUAAGAUCUUACCCAUAUUUGUAACUUCUACUCUAAUAAAUAGUAAUAAAAAAGA